AUGGGGCUACUCACGAUCCCGGUAGAGCUACUGGACGAGAUCACCGGCUAUUUAACCUACUCAUCCCGGUUCGCUCUCUCUCUCACCUGUCGAACACUUCAUGCCUGGAUCGACAACCCAUAUUGUACUUCGAAGAAGUGUGACAACCCUCUUUCUGAACGGCUAGUACAGUCCCUAUGCCCUGUUAUCAAGCCCAAGGACCUGUUUGAAAUGGAGAUGUGGCCGGGAUACUUGGAACAAGACAAUAUCCGGAUGGCACACGGCUACUUCGCCUGUGGGGAGUGUGUCAGACUCCGGCGCGCACGACACUUUACAAACGCCAUGAUGAAGGGGAAGAGAGGCAAGGUUGGGUCAGGCACCAUUGAGCAACGGUCGAAACGAGUCUGUAUUCAGUGUUGUUUUCGACUUGGCCGGUUUUCCCCUGGAACAACCUUCUACUUUGGAGGAGCCGAAGUCGAUGGAUAUGGCAUCGUUUGCGCGAGAUGCCGCGGAUACGAAGAAUAUGAGGGUUACCAUUGGAACGCGUCUGGCACUUGCAGCAGAUGCAUACUUACCUUCAGACUUACCUGUCUAGCACAUUUACUGGGGCUUUUCCUGCCCAGCGACGACUCUUCUUCUGAGACUGAUAGAAAGCCUUAA